AUGUUGCUAUGGGCUCUGCUAAGACGGUUGCCGCGAACGAAGCUGGGAGUCGCGCCGCUUCUAGCGGCCGCCGGGCGAGACUUCUGCCGGUGCCGCCUUCAAGCGAAGCUGAGGCCCCGGCCGUGCGGAGGACAGAAUGGCGGAGCCACGCCCAUUGCCUUAGGCCUCGCGCUAUCAGCUUCUUCUCUGUUCUCCCAAGAUGCUGAAGAGGAGACAAAGAAGGAUGCCAAGGAAGGCCUCCCAGAAGAUGCAGAAGAGGAGAUAAUCUUUUUGCUGAAAAAAGCCAAGCUAUGCAUCAUGAAAGGAGAGCUGGAGGAAGCUGAGCGGCUCCUGCAUGAAGCGGCCCGACUCUCUCACCAGUCCAACAACAGGAGUGGCGUCAUCUACACGUAUGACACGAUGGCGAACCUGGCCUUUCUGCGGGGACAGCUGGACCAGGCAGAAAAACUCUUCAAGGCAGCCAUGAACUUCCUUCUGGCUGGAAACAUGGAACAAGAUGACAACGCCAUCAUCGAGAUGUCCCUCAAGCUGGCCAGCAUCUACGCUGCACAGAAUCUAGAACAGUUGGCGCUGGCCGGCUAUCAUUUCUGUAUCCUGACCCUGAAAGAGAAAAUUGCUAAGCAGAAGGACAUGACCGCCGAUGCUUUAUCAGAGGAAGAGCGAACCGAUACCCGUCUCCUCCUUGGCAUGAGCCUGGACUCCUACGCCCGCUACCUGCUGGCGCACAAGCACGCCGCUGCGGCGGAGAGAAUGUAUGAGCAGGCGUUGCAGAUCUCCAUGGAGGUUCAAGGGGAGACUCAUCCUCAGACGGUGGUCUUGAUGAACGACUUAGCAACCGCUAUAGAUGCUCAAGGACGAUAUGAGGAUGCCUACGCUCGUGUGAGGAGAGCGUCAGAUCUGGCUCAACAGACGGAACACCCAGAAGCUUACGUCAUGUUGAAUAACCUGGCUGGGAUCCUGACGCACAAAGGAGACUUUUCCCAGGCCAGACAAGUCUACAAAGAAGCCUUGAAGCAGGCAGAGGAAGCCGGAGACGGUGCCGUCGUUCAAUAUAUUCAGAAGGAAUUAGCCGGACUCGCCAGGAGGCAGAAGCAGGCGAAAUCGGCAAAAAAGCCGGCAAAGGAGGGAAACGAAGGAGAAAAAGACUGAAGGUGGCUUCACCCCACGCAGCACGUGCGCGUCGGGUAACGGCGGUGUUGAUUUCGUUUUGCAUGACAACAGCUCAGCAGCACAGAAAAAACUCUUCAGGCUCCAGUGCUUCCCAAGGCGGAGGAGGUAUUUCGUGGGUAGAACGGUGGAAGGUUGGACCACGUUUGAGCAAUACUCAAGCGGAAGCGAAUGGGGAGGGCCUUCAAAUUGCUUGCAUUUGAAAGCGAGGCAAUAGUUUAGAUCCAGUACCAAAUAAAAGUCUGAGCCUGACCGCUAGAGUCGGGGAGUCUUA